GGCUACUUUAAGUUCAGAGUACGCAUGCUCUGACUUUCUCUCUCUUUCGAUUCUUCCAUACUCAGAGUACGCACGGUCUGAUUUUCUCUUUGGAUUCUUCCAAAAUCAGAGUCAGACUGCUCCCGGUGCCAUGAACGGAGACGACGCUUUUGCAAGGAGACCCACGGUUGGUGCUCAAAUACCAGAGAAGAUCCAAAAGGCCUUCGAUGAUAUUGCCAAAUACUUCUCUAAGGAAGAGUGGGAAAAGAUGAAAGCCUCAGAGAAAAUCUUCUAUGUGUAUAUGAAGAGAAAGUAUGAGGCUAUGACUAAACUAGGUUUCAAGGCCACCCUCCCACCUUUCAUGUGUAAUAAACGGGCCGAAGACUUCCAGGGGAAUGAUUUUGAUAAUGACCCUAACCGUGGGAAUCAGGUUGAACGUCCUCAGAUGACUUUCGGCAGGCUCCAGGGAAUCUCCCCGAAGAUCAUGCCCAAGAAGCCAGCAGAGGAAGGAAAUGAUUCGGAGGAAGUGCCAGAAGCAUCUGGCCCACAAAAUGAUGGGAAACAGCUGUGCCCCCCGGGAAAACCAACUACCUCUGAGAAGAUUCACGAGAGAUCUGGACCCAAAAGGCGGGAACAUGCCUGGACCCACAGACUGCGUGAGAGAAAGCAGCUGGUGAUUUAUGAAGAGAUCAGCGACCCUGAGGAAGAUGACGAGUAACUCCCCUCAGGGAUACGACACAUGCCCAUGAUGAGAAGCAGAACGUGGUGACCUUUCACGAACAUGGGCAUGGCUGCGGACCCCUCGUCAUCAGGUGCAUAGCAAGUGAAAGCAAGUGUUCACAACGGUGAAAAGUUAAGCGUCAUUUUUCUUAGUGUGCCAAGAGUACGAUGUUAGCGUUUACGUUGUAUUUUCUUACACUGUGUCAUUCUGUCAGAUAUUAACAUUUUCAUUGAUGAGCAAGACAUACUUAAUGCAUAUUUUGGUUUGUGUAUCCAUGCACCUACCUUAGAAAACAAGUAUUGUCGGUUACCUCUGCAUGGAACAGCAUUACCCUCCUCUCUCCCCAGAUGUGACUACUGAGGGCAGUUCUGAGUGUUUAAUUUCAGAUUUUUUCCUCUGCAUUUACACACACACACACACAAACCACACCACACACACACACCACACCACACACACACACACACACACACACACACACACCAAGUACCAGUAUAAGCAUCUCCCAUCUGCUUUUCCCAUUGCCAUGCGUCCUGGUCAAGCUCCCCUCACUCUGUUUCCUGGUCAGCAUGUACUCCCCUCAUCCGAUUCCCCUGUAGCAGUCACUGACAGUUAAUAAACCUUUGCAAACGUU